AUGUCAUGCAACAGCAAGUUAGUUCCGAAAGCAAGAAAUUGGCAGAGGAAAGAAAAAUUGAAGCUAACACUUAUUUUAAGGGUUGUCCAGGCUCAUCCUAAUGAUGUUGAUGCAAAGAAUAACUGCAAAGAAUGUAAAAAGAUAGUUCAGGAAAAAGCCUUCCUAAAGGCAAUAGCCGUUGAUCACCAGAAAUCCUCUGUUGCAGACUCACUUGAUCUAGACAGCAUGUGUAUUGAAGGUGAUUACAUUGGGCCAAAAUUGGAGGUGGUCAAUGGUCAAGAAACAGUUACACUUCCUUUUGUUGAGCAGCUACUGGAACAUCAAAAACAAGAAAAAAGGUUGCAUAGAAAAUAUGCGUAUAAGAUUUUAGUAGAAAUUAAAAGAAUGUUCUCAGAGCAGCCCACUCUAGUCGAUAUAACUAUUCCUGAAGGAAAGUCAUUUACAGUUUGUGGUGACAUCCAUGGUCAGUACUAUGACCUCUUGAACAUAUUCAAGUUAAAUGGACUGCCAUCGAUUGACAACCCAUAUCUGUUCAAUGGAGAUUUUGUUGACCGAGGCUCAUUCUCAGUAGAAGUGAUACUUGCACUGUUUAGUUUCAAAUUACUUUAUCCAGACCACUUCUUCAUGGCUAGAGGUAACCACGAGAGUGAGACGAUGAACCAAAUGUAUGGUUUCUAUGGUGAAGUGAAAUCCAAGUACACGCCACAAAUGGGUGAUCUAUUCACUGAGGUCUUCAACCUCCUGCCUCUGGCUCAUUGCAUCAAUAACAAAGUCCUUGUAAUGCAUGGAGGAUUGUUCAAGGAUGACACCACGACACUGGACGACUUACGCAAGAUUGAUAGGAACAGGCAGCCACCAGAUGAAGGUAUGAUGUGCGAACUGCUGUGGUCGGACCCAAUGGAGGCGCCCGGUCGCUCAUCAAGCAAGCGUGGUGUUGGUAUCCAGUUUGGCAGUGACAUUACCGACAGCUUUCUGAAGAAGAACAAUCUAGACUUCAUCAUUCGCAGUCACGAGGUGAAGGAUAAGGGCUACGAGGUGACCCACAAUGGCAAAUGCAUCACUGUCUUCUCUGCUCCCAACUAUUGUGAUCAAAUGGGAAACAAGGGAGCAUUUGUCCAACUCAAAGUAGUCGAUGGAAAGUUGCAACGGGACUUCGUGAGCUAUGACGCAGUGCCUCAUCCGCAGGUGAGACCGAUGGCAUAUGCAAACUCCUUGUUUGGAAUGAUGUGACGUGAUCGUUGCUUUUAGUAUAAAAGUGACAUAUUUCCGGUUUACAGGUAUAUAUCAUUUAUAUGGAUACCCACGAUGAUAUAAAAAACCUGUACCAUAACAUGCAUGCUUUGGAAAAGCAUAUAUAGUAUUUGCUGCCACUACCUACCAUACUCACAUGGGAUUACCAGUGUGAUAAUUUCAUACCGAAGAUGUAAACUAAACAUGGUUGCCUAAAUUGCAAAGCUAGUAAACGUAUGAUAAAUUUCAGCCCUAUUGACAUUUCAAUAUUGUAACUAUCAGAUGACAGUUAUGCCUGCAAUUGCAACGGAAAGGUUAUUAUGACACACAUCAUUCCUGUAGGUAUUUUCCUUUAUAGCUUUACUGAAUGCUGUUUUGUUCAUUAAUUUUAUGAAGGAUAUAGCAGCAACUAAUGAAAUGUUAUCGAUUCCAAAACAUGUAUGCAUAUUAUUUUACUAGUGUCCAACUUGUUGAUUGUCUAUAGUGAAACAAUGGUGAGUACAUAAUCUAAUGUAUACACUUCGCUGCAUUCAACCACAAGCCAUCGUUUUUGUUUGAUAUCUAGGAAAUGUGGUAUUGUUCAUAUUUGUGCAUUUUGGAAAGUUUAUGAUGGGACCCAUGCAGUGAUUUUUCAUCAGAUAUUGAUUGUGUAUAAAAUGUUCUAUUCAUAAAAAAUGUAUUUAUUACAUAAUCUGUAAACCUCCCCAAUUGUGUAGUUUGUUAGGUAGAUAUCCGAUUUGAGAACUGCAUUAUCAUAUUGUGUGCAAAGGGAAGACUUUAGACACUGCUUGAUUUAUCAGGGUUUUCUAACUGCAUAGGUCAUAGGAAAGCAAGCAUCCCUAAACACCAAUGUUUCCCUAACCCGAAUGAUUUUAAAAUUACUGCAACCAUGCCGCUUAUAUAACCAGUGUUUGGUUAUGUGGUCCAUAAUUUCUAAAUUGAAUGAAAAUUGACUCAGAAUUGCCCUAUUUUCCAUGCGAGCACCUACAUAUUCAUUUUUAUUACUUUCUUUUGGAUAGGCAGUACAAUAAUAGUAUUGAUAUACAUGUGAUUGACAGUAUGCUAUAUGAAGAUCAUUCUUAGUACACUCCUGAUGUUAUAAGUCUAUAUAGUUUCAAUAUGCAUAGGUUCACGCUAAUACUUAUUACACGACCACCGCACCCAAUGUCCUGUUUUGUUAAUCACACAUUUAUUGUGCCACCAUGGUACCUGACAUUGACUUGUAGAUUUGUGAAAAAUCUAAUUCCAAAAUCAUAUAGCAGCGAAUUCUGUACUGAAACUUUAAUGUAAUGUCUCAAGCACGUUUUCACCUUAUCAAUUGAUGGUAAUGGUCUCGACUUUUUCCUCCCAAUAUAUCAAAGAUUUGACUGCGAAGUUUUUGCAGCAAAUGUCUAUUUCCACUUGCACUUGAAUAGCAAAUUAAGUGAACCAGUGAUCUGUUUUCUGACAAAUAUAAGCAUCAUGCACCCUUAUAACACUUAUAAUACUGCAACAUGGUAUUUCCCUAGCAGGUCUUGCAUUGAUAGAUCCAAACCUUUGCGAACCCAUGUAAAUACAGUCGGUUUAUCUGCUAGGGACCACAUCUGCCAGAUAGAAUCACGUAAUGUCAUUACAGUAUGUUCAUGCCGUUGCCAGUCUGUAGUAGGUACAACCUGUACGUAUUAUGGAAAACAUUUUCUCCAUGACCAAUAAAUACUGCAUUUCCAAUUCAAUAUUCGUAGGUUCAUGAUAUUGUGGUAUAUAUAUAUAGGAGCUGCAUUGCAGAGUAGUGGUUAUUAUUAAAACUGUAUUUGUGAUAACGUGGUCAAAUAUUACCAUGUAGGGCCUAUACCUUUGCAGUUUUGAUUUGUAAAAAAAUCAGUAUGUACUAAUAUUCAUUUAUAGGCAAGCAUGUAGUUAUAGUAUCUCAGGUAGAAGCAAUUUGACACUAGUUACAUGUGCAGUUCCUUGUCAGUGUAUACACUGCAAUAUUAUAAAAAUCAGUUCUGAAUUUAUUUAAUGUUGUUGUCAGUUUUUUACCACUUUCCAGCUUAGACAAGGAGUUUGACUAACAUUGUCGUAAAUUUACUUUUUAACUGCUUUCUAAAUAAAAUUGUUCGAAAUAAAACUUUUGUACAUAUAA